UAUAUAUACACACACACAUACACAUAUACACACAUACACACACAUACAUACAUAGGCGAUAUAUUGCUAUUUUCUCUUCAGUAAACACCCACUGCUGCUCAUUAUUUGUAAACAGUUAACAUGUUUGGGAAUCCGACCGUUGUUUCUGCAUAAUGAACCCUGUCGAAGUGGACGAGAUAACCGGACUCGGGUCCUACCUAAAGUCGGUGGAUUGGAGUGAAAGAUGGUUCCUUGGACUUGGUACCUUCCAUGUUAUUUGUGCUCUCCUUACUAUAUUUACCAAAUCACAUGGAACUUCUCAAACUCUGCAUUUUGCUGUCAUGUUGUUACUGGUCUAUUCAGCAAAAUACAUAAACGAGUGGGCUGCUAAAAACUACAGAUUAUUUGCUGAGCAACAGUACUUUGACAGCAAUGGUCUAUUUAUCUCGCUUGUGUUCUCAGUACCAAUACUUUUGAAUUGUUUGGUUAUAGUUAUUCUCUGGCUGUGGAAUGUCGGACACUUGAUUGCUGAUGUGAAAAGGCUGAAAUACAAAGUGAAAGCCAAAUACCAAAGCAAAAUUGAUAAAUCAGAAAAAAAACCUGAAGAACAGACAGAAGAAAGCCAAAAAGAGAAAUGAAUUUAGAAGAUGGAAUUAGUUGUCUUACAAAAUAAAGCUGUUUAGUGUGAAAAUACACAUUUUUCUAAUGUCUGUUUUCAACGAAUGAUAGUGAUUACCACUUUCAGAAUUGUAUUUUAAAUUUACCAUUUUAUGAUCCUUUCUCUUUUAAUCAACCUUAAUCAAUGAAGAAAGUCAUCAACCCUUUCAGAAAAUGACUGAAUAUAUUUAGGAUUUUCAUAAAGAAAUUUUGUAACUUAUUUAGUUUUGGGAGUAAGAAAAGAAAAUGAAAAAAUUAAAUGUAUCAUUGCAAAACCUAUUUGUAUUUUCUACAAAAUGACAUUCAUUAUGAGGAAUUUCAAAACAAAAAAGAAAAAAAGAGAAAAGAAAAAAUUGUUUUGUUAUCAAUUAAAAACUUAGAUUUUAUCUUACUCUUCAGAAGACAAAAUAAAAUUUUGGUUUUAUGCUUAUGUAGUAGAAAUUUUAAAAAAAUGGAAUAAAAUGUAAUAUUUUUAUAGCAAA